CUCUGACGUAGGCGUUUCCUCCACGAGACAUCUUGUUCACGCAGACUGCGACAGGAUUCGGUCUCUACGAGCCGGCAGUUGGCAAGGUCGGAGACAGCUAUUCCCGAGGAGCUCUGAAACAGCCUGAACACAAUGUACCCGACCACCUUGACACAACUGGCCCGAGCCAACCCUUUCAGUGCGCCGCUGUUCACGCUGCAAAAACACGAGGAGCCCAAACAGACACCCAGCAUUAAUGGACAGAACAGGCGGCUCGCUGCCGCGGCUGUGGAGGACGUGGAAGUGAGCUGUGAGUUUGGCUCCAACAAGUACUAUGCUCUGUGUGGAUUUGGAGGCAUCCUGAGCUGUGGCAUCACACACACAGCCGUUGUGCCUCUUGAUCUGGUCAAGUGUCGGCUACAGGUGGACCCAGCCAAGUACAAAAGCAUCUUCAAUGGAUUCUCGGUCACAAUAAAGGAGGAUGGUAUGCGGGGUCUCGCUAAGGGCUGGGCACCAACCUUCAUCGGCUACUCCAUGCAGGGUCUCUGCAAGUUUGGCUUCUAUGAGGUCUUCAAGAUCUUCUACAGUGACCUGCUUGGCGAGGAAAACACUUACUUGUGGAGGACUUCCCUCUACCUGGCUGCCUCUGCUAGCGCAGAGUUCUUCGCCGAUAUCGCCCUGGCCCCAAUGGAGGCAUGCAAAGUCCGUAUCCAAACCCAGCCUGGCUACGCCAACACCCUGAGGGAGUGUGCCCCCAAGAUGUACGGCGAGGAGGGCAUUUGGGCCUUCUACAAGGGUGUGGUGCCUCUGUGGAUGAGGCAGAUCCCCUACACCAUGAUGAAGUUCGCCUGCUUCGAGCGCACAGUGGAGCUGCUCUACAAGCAUGUGGUGCCCAAGCCCCGCAGCGAGUGCAGCAAGGGAGAGCAGCUGAUUGUGACCUUCGUCGCCGGUUACAUCGCUGGUGUGUUCUGCGCCAUCGUGUCCCACCCUGCCGACUCUGUGGUGUCCGUGCUCAACAAGGAGAGUGGCAGCACUGCUGUGGGAGUGCUCAAGAAGCUGGGACCCAUGGGUGUGUGGAAGGGUCUUGUGGCCCGUAUCAUCAUGAUCGGUACCCUGACCGCCCUGCAGUGGUUCAUCUACGACUCCGUCAAGGUCUACUUCCGCCUGCCCCGCCCCCCUCCCCCCGAGAUGCCCGAGUCCCUGAAGAAGAAGCUGGGCCUGACCGAGUAGAGCAACGCCGCCGGCACCCAUCUCCUACCCGACUCCACCAUGCCCCGGCAGAGGCUGUCUUUUCUAUAUUUAAAACCUCGACCACCGCUCCCCAGUCCCACCUGUACUGCUGCUGCCCCCCACCAAUAACACCACCACCAACUACAACACAGGCGGCCAGGAACCAGAAUGUUUGUUUAGGAGGCAUAAAGGAAAAAAGCAAAGAUAAUGCAGUCAUUUUGGCCUCAACUCCAAUGUUUGUCCGUUUUAAGAUUAAAGUGUACCUGGAAAAAAAACCCUGUUCUGUUUACGUUCAUUCAUUUU